AUGCACCCUUCAACAAUGGUGAUCAACUUGAAACUAACUGUAAUGGCGUUCAUUUUGUGCACUCCUUUUGUUGUACAAUCUGUUUCAAAUCAAGUCUCCUUUAAAGAGGAGUUUCCAACUUGGGUGGAAGGACAAGACACCAUGCUGCUCACAAAUGAUGAUGUUCAUGUUGAUAUCGUUGUUGCUAGUGAUGGUUCGGGAGAUUUCAUUAAAGUAAUGGACGCGGUGUUAGCAGCGCCAAAGUAUAGCAAGAAACGUUUUGUGAUACAAGUGAAGCAGGGGAUUUACAUGGAAAAUGUGAUUGUUGGUGAAGAUAAGUCGAACCUCAUGAUUAAAGGAGAUGGAAUGGAUGUUACAGUUAUUUCUGGUAAUUUGAGUCAUCGCCAAAACAACUUGACUACAUUCAAGACAGCUACCUUUGGUGUUGAUGGCAGUGGUUUCAUAGCACGAGAUAUCACUUUUAAGAACACUGCCGGACCUUUUAAUGAGCAAGCUGUUGCAUUAAGGUCAAGUUCGGACAAAUCCAUCUUUUAUCGGUGUAAAAUUGAUGGCUAUCAAGACAGUCUCUACGCUCACUCUCGACUUCAAUUUUAUAGAGAGUGCAUUAUAAGUGGGACAAUUGAUUUUAUAUUUGGUUCUGCGGCUGCAGUUUUUCAAAAGUGUGACAUAUCAGUUAAGAAAGGAUUACCAGGUCAAUAUAAUACCAUUACCGCUCAAGGAGGAGAGCAUGAUCCUAGCAUUCCAUUUGGUUUUGUAUUACAAUUCUGCAACAUUUAUGCUGAUUCCAACCUUCUUCCGGUGGUGGAAACUACUAAAACCUAUCUCGGAAGGCCAUGGCGUGCGCACUCAAAAACAGUGUUCAUGCAGUCUAAUAUAACUAGUGUGGUGAGUCCAGAAGGGUGGUCAGAAUGGGUGGGGCAUCCCGAAUAUUCUGACACGUUAUAUUAUGCUGAAUUUCAAAAUUCUGGACCAGGAGCUGUGCUAGAAAAUCGUAUAAAAUGGAGAGGGUAUCAUAUUCUUAACGAUUCUAAGGAGGCUAUUAACUUCACAGUAGCCCAAUUAAUUUCUGGAAAUACAUGGAUUCCUUCUACAGGUGUACCAUUUACUCCUGGCUUAGGGAAUUAA